GUCGGACUGUGGACCGAAGUUAUUUUAGUAGAAAUUAUGAAUUAGUCAUCGUAGCAGAUAUGAUUUAAUCUUGUGAAAUUUUUUGAAAGAAUUGAUCGUUUGACCACUAUAUAAUAGUUCAGUGAAUACCAGUAUAAAUAGUGUGUCGCAAAAUAUCAUAUAAUCAUUAAUUCAAAUAAAGUUUAACUAAUACGCAAUUCAAAAAUGAGUUUACAGUGGACGAUUAUUGCAUCUUUCUUAUACGUUGAAAUAGCCAUUGUUUUAUUAUUAGUUUUACCCGUAGCAAGCCCUAGGAGAUGGCAAUCGUUUUUCAAAUCGAGGUUUUUAAAAAGCUUGACAGGACAAGCUCAGAUUUAUUUUCUUGUGCUUUUAGCAAUCUUAGUAUUAUUCCUAUUGGACGCAAUUAGAGAAAUGAGAAAAUACUCUAGCAACGGUAAGAUAAAUCAAGUGUACUUGAAUGUUGAGAUGCAAGGCAGCAUGAGGUUAUUCCGAGCCCAACGUAACUUUUAUAUUUCUGGCUUUGCUUUGUUUUUGUCAUUAGUGAUUCGAAGGCUGGUGACACUAAUUUCAACACAGGCUAACUUACUAGCACAAUCAGAAGCAUUUAUGCGUCAAGCUGAAAGCGCAACUGUAGCCGCACGUAGGUUAAUUGCAGAAAAGGGAGAAACUGAACAAAACGCAGCUAACGAGAACAAACUGCAAACAAAAAUUAGUAACUUGGAAAAAGAGCUGUCUCAUGCAAAGAAAGAUAAAGAGGCUAUGGUUUCACAAGUGGAACAUUUGCAUAACGAAUAUGAUAAUAUGGCUGAUAAAUUAGUGAAGUAUGAAAGAGAACAUGUUUUUAAGGCCAGUGGAGAACCAGAUAAAAAAGAUGACUAGAUUAAUAAUCCCAUUCAUUUUAAUUUUAGAUUUUUUGGAAUUUUUUGAUUCAUUUAUUCUCACAUAUGUUUUAAUUUUGUUUAAUUAUUAUUACAAAGUACAUAUUCAAACAUAUUUAACUGUUAAACCAUACUAAUAUUGCUUGUUUCCUAAAUUAUUUACAUUAAAUUUAAUAUAUACUCUAUGCUAAUUGUUUGUUAAGAAUUUGUAUUUGUGCUUAAGCAUUGAAUAUUUAUGUAGUUUAUAAAACUAUUUAUAUAAUAAAAUUUAAUC